AUGUCCGAAUUUGAUGCUCUCGUCAAGUUCGCUUGCGAAGAAAAUGGUAGAGUGUACUUCGCUACCAUCUCUACCGACCAAGAUGGCAAGGCACGAAUUCCAAAACCCGGAAGUAAGGUAGAUGGCUACGCUUCCAUCGGCGACUUGCGAGAAGGACGCGAUGCAACAACUGUCACCAUCAAGAAUCUACUCGGGCCACUGCCCUCCAUUGACGUGCCAAUCUACUGCGUUGGCCUGAACUAUCGUUCACACGCCAAAGAAGCAAAUCUUCCGUUGCCAAAGUAUCCUCCUCUCUGGACCAAGCCGGCAUCUUCUCUUGCCGAUCCAGGGGAGUCAAUUCCCAUCAACAAAUUCUGUGCCCUCAGCCUAUUCGACUUCGAGGGAGAGCUCGUGUUUGUCACCUCCAAAGCAUGCAAGGAUGUGACGCCGGAGGAGGCGGAGUCGUAUAUCUUGGGUUACACUUCUGGAAAUGACCUGUCUUGCCGAUAUUUCCAGCUGCCGAACAACUCGGGCGGGCAAUUCUUCUACGCCAAAGCCUUCGACAGGUUCGCUCCCAUGGGACCUGCCUUGAUAAGCGCCGACCACUUUCGUGCAACUGGGGCGGGACGACGUCUCAUCACGAGAGUCAAUGGCAAGAUAGUGCAAGACGUUGAGAUUGCAAAAGACAUGCUUUUCACCCCAGCCCAGAUCCUCAGUCAUAUGAGCCAAGGCACAACGAUACCGGCUGGUACGGCUGUCAUGACAGGCACGCCUGCCGGAGUGGGUGCUUUCCAGAGCCCCAAAUCUUUCCUGAACGAUGGAGAUGUGAUUGAAGUGGAAAUCGACCAGCUCGAGACUCUUCGGAACGUGGUUAGGUUCGAGAAGUAA